AUGCUUUGGGGUAGUAUCGAUGGCAGAGAAGUCCAGCUCGUCACACUGAAGACAGAGUGCCUGGAGGUGGACAUUUGCAGUUUGGGCGCUGCUCUCGUGUCUGUGCGACUCAAGGUGAAGGGAGAGUGGCUGGACGUGGUGCUUGGCUACGAAUCGUUGGAAAGGUACGUGAACGGGGGCAAGCCGAAUUUUGGCACCGUGGUGGGCCGCUGUGCAAACCGCAUUGCCAAUGGUACCUUCGAGCUGGACGGGCAGCAGUUCAAGCUGGACACGAACAACGGUAGCCAUCAUCUGCAUGGAGGAACCAAGGGUUUCUAUGCCCAGGUCUUCGACGUGGCCAGUGCAUCAGAGAAACAGGUAACCCUGGUCCUGACAGAGCCGGACGGUUUCAUGGGCUACCCUGGCAAGGUCGAAGUGAGUGUCACGUACGAAGUGAGCGGCGGCGAGCUGCACUUCCGCUACAGUGGCCUUUCGGAUAAGCCCACGCUCUUGAGCAUGACAAACCAUGCUUAUUGGAACCUCAAAGGCCACAAGGCUGGUAAUGUGCUUGAUCACAUCCUGAUGGUGCCAGCCUCGCGGACGACAGCAACUGAUGACAGCCUUGCCAUCACAGGCGAGCUGCCCGAGGUUGCUGGGACGUCUCUGGACUUGCGAGAGCCGCGCUUGCUGCAGGAGGCAGUGAAUGCGGGCGGUCCAAUUGAUCGCAACUACUGCUUGGACCGCCCGGAUGGUCAGAGGGAGAUGAUGGCUGCACGAUUGGUGGGCCCAAACAAGGUCACAAUGGAGGUAUGGACGGACCAGCCAGGUUUACAGGUCUUCACCGGUAGCAACAUCGGCACGACAGGUCCCGGCACAUGGUGGAAUGGGAAGGUGCUGUGGCGGAUGUUUGCCCGCCCCGGUCUCUUCCUCUUGCGUGCCACGCGACCAAGGGCAGUGAGUGGACGCAGUUCGGUGCAAUCUGCCUGGAGCCGCAACUUUGGCCGGUUCAUCACAGCCACUUCCAAAGCCCGGUUCUGCGACCGGGAGAGACGUACAGCCAUCAUUCUUGGCAUGUCUUUUCAGCUGGGGACUGAGAUGGCUCUGAUGCAGCUGGCUGGCUUGUACGACGAUCUCGUCCUGCUUCUUGACUUCAACAGCUUGUACCCUUCCAUCAUCCAGGAGUACAACAUCUGCUUUACCACUGUGGAUCGGCCUGACGAGAACGAGGUUGCGAAGAUGACCAGCGAGGCACAGCUACUGUCACAGACACGUGAACCAGAUGGAACUGCGGAAGAAGGCAUUUUGCCACAGGUGCUGCGACGUCUUGUCGACAGUCGUCGAGUCGUGAAAGCAUCGAUGAAGUCGGAGAAGAAUCCAAAGAUUCUGCAGGUGCUAGAGAUCCGUCAGAAGGCCCUCAAGCUAACCGCAAACUCCAUGUAUGGCUGCUUGGGUUUUCAGAACAGUCGAUUUCAUGCAAAGCCCCUGGCAGCGCUCAUUACGGCCAAAGGCCGAGAAGCUUUGCAAAGCACGAAGACCGUCGUGCAGCAGGAAUUGCAACUGGAGGUGGUGUAUGGUGACACAGACUCCGUCUUCGUCAACUCGAAGACAGCUGACUUCCAUAAGGCAAUGCACGUUGCUGAGCAAAUCAAGCGCGCGGUCAAUAAAAGGUAUCGGCGGUUGGAAAUCGAGAUCGAUGCAGUCUUUGUGCGUCUCAUGCUUCUCAAGAAGAAGAAAUAUGCUGCUCUCAAGGUUGUGAACUGGGAAAAGGAGCUCUUCGAGCAGGAGCUCAAAGGCCUGGAUAUCGUGCGAAGGGAUUGGUGCGGUCUGGCCAAGGAGAUGGGAGAAGCGAUUCUCACAAAGAUUCUGGACCCUAAGAUGAACAAAGAAGAGUCCAUCGACUGGGUUCACCAGUUCCUGAGUGAGCAGGCAAAGAACAUGGAUGGCGGCCAGGUGCCACUGGACAAGUUCGUGAUCACCAAGGGUCUCACCAAGGAUCCGAAGGACUAUCCGGAUGCCAAGAAGCAGCCGCAUGUCCAGGUGGCGCUGCGAUUGCUCUCCCGCGGCAAGCAGGUCCGACCCGGGCAGGAGAUCGGCUACGUGGUUUGCGACACCGCAGGUGAAGGUCAUGAGGGCAAGUCUUUGCUGGCCGAGCGUGCUCGAGACCCUCACGAAAUGGAGCUGGAUCCGACUUUACGCUUGGACAUGACCUGGUAUAAGAAGCACCAGGUGCACCCCAUCAUUGCCCGGAUAUUGGGAGUCGUCGAGGGCACAAGUCCGGGCAGAAUCGCCGAGUGUCUAGGUAUGGAUGCUGCGAUCUUUGCCCAGGUAGUGCAGCACGAGGAGGGUGAGGGCUUGGAUUUCAUCUCACAGUACAUGGACGCGGACCCAAAUGCGCUCUUCGAUCGUUCGCUUCGCUACAAGAACUUUGGUUCCAUCCUCGACGGAGUGAAGUGCAAGAAGUGCGGUGGCAGAACACCUUGGCAGCAGCUACUUACUCCAUCUGCUACUGGUGAAGAGGCGCAGCAGGCGCCUCCCUUCACUUGCAAAGACUGCCAUGCUCAGAUUCAGCCUGGCGCGGCUCGCAAUCAGUGGCAUCAGCAGCUCAGGCGGUUGGUGAAGCAGCACUGUGAAGGAUGGGUGCAACCUGCUGACCAAGUCGCCGGCACAGAGAAGACGCGUCGAGCAAACAAAGGCGACAACUUGGUCAGUGAGCAAACAGUCAGGAAAGAGCUGCAGUUUGCAGCCCAUCUUUGUGAAUCGGCUGGUCUCCGGAUUGCAGAGGAGGACGCAGCUCUGCAAACUGCGCUCGCAAGGAUGAAGAAGGAUGCGGACGCGUGGAUGAAAAUUGGCAGUCAGCACUUCAUUGACUGCGGGCAGUGGUUUGGUGCAAUCUUCGGAACACCACUGCUCGGCACACUCCAUCAGUAG